GUCAACCCCGGAACUGCCCCUGUCACCGACUCACGCUUCUGUUUUGUACAGAGGCAGGACAACAGCUCAGGUAGCGUGUGUGGAGCAGGGACGGGCUAUUGUGCGCCAUGGAGCGAGUCAUGGGAGGAGGAAUGCUGCCAGUGGUCUUAGCAAGUAUGGGGGUCUUGCUGUUAUACCGGAUACUCAUCCGACUUAGACCAGGAGCUGCUCUACAGGAUGCUGUGGUGGUCAUCACAGGGGCCAGCUCUGGACUGGGAAAAGAGUGUGCACGAGUCUUCCACGCUGCCGGUGCACGGCUUGUGCUGUGUGGUCGAGAUGCAGCCCGUCUGCAGCAGGUGGUCCAGGAGCUUACAGCAAGUUCAACAGGCACAAAGCAGCAGACUUACACUCCCAGCACUGUCACCUUCGACUUGGCAGACACAGACACAGUGGACAGGGCUGCAGAAGAGAUCCUGAAAUGUUACGGACAAGUGGAUGUCCUCAUCAAUAAUGCCGGAAUCAGUUACCGUGGCAACAUACUGGAUACCCAUCUUUCAGUUCAACGAGAUGUUAUGGAAACAAAUUACUUUGGGCCCAUUGCUCUUACUCAGGCUUUCCUGCCCUCCAUGGUUCGCCGGUGUAGCGGCCACAUCGUGGUCAUUAGCAGUGUCCAGGGCAAGAUAGCCAUUCCUUACAGAUCAGCUUAUGCAGCCUCUAAGCACGCCACCCAGGCCUACUUCGACUGCUUACGGGCAGAGAUGGAGCGCUACGGGAUUCCAGUGACCGUGAUCAGUCCUGGGUACAUCCGAACCAACCUCUCUCUCAAUGCUGUCACAGGGGAUGGCUCUAAGUAUGGAGUUUUGGAUAAAACCACAGCUAUGGGUCGGGAUCCCAGGGACGUGGCUCAGGCAGUUCUGAAGGCUGUCCACCACAGGAGCAAAGAUGUUGUUUUGGCAGGACCUCUGCCGACCCUGGCCAUCUACCUGCGCACAUUGUGUCCCGCACUCUUCUUCAAACUCAUGUCCUCUCGUGCUCGCAAGGAGCAGAAACUGAAAGACGAAUGAGGGCUGAUAGAGCGGCAGGUGGGGACCAGCGGCUCACCAGCACAGUUGAAGUCACAUGACCCAAAACAUGAAAGAGAUGGAUCUACAUGGAAGCCAGAUGGAGAUGAGAUAGAUGCAGCUUUUCAGUAACACCGUUUGCAGUGUUACCAGUAGAGCAUCUGAAACAAAGCAAAAACCUGCAGUCACUGUACGCUGUAACAGGACAUAUGGUGAGUUUUGUCUUGUUUGAUUGUUUUGGUUGACCAGAAUGUGUUUUUCAGCUAUUUCAGAAAUUAACAUUGUCCACUGCUCAAAAGUUGUAAAUCUAUUACUGAUAAGAAUCAAGGCUCUUGUGUGAAGACAUUGUGAUCAUGUAAUGAUGUUUUUUGAAUUCACUCCUUCAAAUGGACUUUACUUAAGCAGGGUUUUGGUUUACAGAUAUGUUAUAUAAUGACACAUCUUCUGCUGCCCCACCCAUGAAAACAUCCUUUAAAGUCUCCAGUGAUGAGAAAGAGUCAGAUGUGAUUUAAUUUGUAAAAAUCACAAUACCAGUAUCCUUCUAAUAUCAACUGUAUAAACAAAUAGGAGAACAAUUUAAUUAACCAAAAUGCAGGAUAUGAUGAAGGUAUCCUGUAUGUUUUUUAUUUGGGUCUACCCAAAACAUCAGUUUUGGUCUGCUGUAAAACAGAUGCUAUAGUUAGAAAGGCAUACUUUUUUAGGAGAUGUGGAACAGCACCUGGCAUAUUGUUUCUGGGUCAUCUGUACCACAUGGCAUACUGAGCAACCCCAUGAAAAUUAUUCUCAAAACAAAGUGAUUUUAGUGCACAUAAAGGAAGGAAACGCUGCUUAUCUGCCCAGAAAGAGAACAGCAGAGCCAAGUUUUUUUUAGCGGUCAGUUUGAUUUCCUGUUUAACUCAAGCAGUUCUCAACCAAUGUUUUACUUUAUUUGAGUCCAGACAGCCAUUCAGCAGACAAACCGCUCAGCUAUCUCUGGAAAAGAUGACAAGCCUUCAACUGUUGACAAUAACUCAAAGUCUACAUGCAUUCGAACUGGUCUUACCACAAACUAGACACAAUGAAUACAACAAACAAGCUGAUUUUAUAACUAUCUUUAUACACAGAAUAAAAACACCUUUUACAAACUGAAAAUUUAAAACAACAGGUUUUUCCUUUUUUAGAUGUCAUCUUAAUAUUAAGUUAAGCAGAAAAACACCUUUUUCUGAAAUGUUAACAAUAAAUAAUCCAAAUAACAAUUUACAUUAUGUUACAAAAGCGCAGUGAAUACUGGAAUUGCCAUUUGUACAAAUAAAUCCUUCAACAAAAAAAAAAAA